AUGUGCGGAGGAGCAAUCCUCUCCGACCUCAUACCCGCCGCCAGGUCGAGGCGGGUCACCGUUGACCACCUCUGGCCGCCGGCGGACGGGGACUGGCUCAACGUUUCCGGACAGAAGAAGAAGAAGCAGGGCCACAAGGAGAAAACCCCCUUCCUGAUCGAGGAUGAGGACGACUUCGAGGCCGAUUUCCGAGAGUUUGACGACAGCUCCGAGGAGGAGGAACAGGAGCUCCUCGAUGUCAAGCCCUUCGCCUUCUCCGCGAUAUCCCCCUUCCCCCGAGGUAAAAUCCUGCACAGAAUCGUGUACCAGUUAGAUUAAUUAGCGACCGACCCUUUUCUACUUUUUUCUCUCUCCUUGGGUCCGAUUAUUCCAUUUUUCUGCAGUUUUUUGGUAGCUUCGCAUCCUGAAAUUGUGGGGUGGGUGGAAUCUUCUUUGUCCACCUUUAAUCGGCCUGAUUUUUUAAUAUGAUCCACCUUCUUUCCCUUGAUUUGGAUCUUCUGGUUGGUUCUCGGAGGGCCAUCGCGGAGGAUUGUUUAUGGUUUUUCUCCGUCUCAGGCAUAUCUACCUUCAUGGAGCCGAGUCUUUGGAAGAUUUGGGCCUUAUUUACCAUCAUACGCUCUUCUAAACUCCUUGGUCCUUUCGGAAGUUGGUUCCGAAUGUUCCGUGCGGCUCCCCGAAGGAUGCUCUCUCCUCAGAAGGGUUUUUGUCACAGCUUUGCUCCGCUCUCGGGUUUCGACCAUCUCCAGACGGUUUUCCUAGUCUCAAUUCCCUCGGUUUCUUCAGCCUCCCUCGUCUAGUCGAGAUAUCAAAUCCCAGUUCAUCGGCGGUCUGUUUGCUGUUUCUUCGUACCGAUGUCGAAACAGGGGCAUGCCCUAGUUCAUCGGAUUGAUCUGAUGGUUUCAUGCGUACCUGCGAAUUAUUAUUAUUGUUUUUUUUAUCGUACUACGAUUUCUCUAUGAUCUUCUAAAGUUGGAGUAGGGCUUCGUCGCGACGGAGGACGAUCCAAUUCGUUUCUACGUUCGGUUUAAUUUAAUUUCUGAAAAUCUGGCGUGAUCUCAUACAAUGGUUUUUUAAGUUCCAGAAAUUGAUCUCGACCUGAUUCAUGGCUGAUGGGUCUUCUUCCGUUCCGUCGUCUUGAACCAGCCGAACCCGAGGGUCUCGCCGAGAAAAGCUCCAAGAGGAAGAGGAGAAACCAGUACCGGGGCAUCCGGCAGCGCCCGUGGGGCAAGUGGGCGGCGGAAAUCAGGGACCCGAAGAAGGGCGUCCGCGUCUGGCUCGGCACCUUCAACACCGCCGAGGAAGCCGCUCGGGCCUACGACUGCGAAGCCCGCAGGAUCCGUGGUCAGAAGGCCAAGGUCAACUUCCCCGAGGCGGCAGGUGCCCGGAGGCCCACUCCCAGAGCCGCCGCCGCCGGCCCGAAGGUUCCAAAGCCCGUAAACCCCGUGGGGAUGGCCAAUUCCUAUCAAAGCUUCAAUCUUGAGGGCGAUCUCGAUCGUGGGUCCUCCUCCUGCGAGCUCGAGUUCGUCGAGGAGAAGAAGGAAGUGAUUGUCAAGCAGCCCCAGUACUCCAAUUCCGAUGAGAGAGGCCAUUGUUUCACCUCCACUGGGGGCAGCAACUCAGACUGUUCGAGCUUCGCUUGGGCAACUCAGGAGUCCAAAGCUGCGGAGAUCAACUCGGUCUUCGCCUCGACUAGGUUCGAAGAUGAGAGCCCGCUGAAGAAGCUGAAGACCGAUGUCGCCUUGGAGGAGGGGAGCGCGCCGUUCGAUCUAUCCGCAGAGAUUCCCGAUUUCGAUUACGUCAACUUCCUUCAGGUCCCUUUCCUCAACGGGUGCGCUGGCGACUCCGUGGAGAUCCUCUACGGCGGCGGCGCCGGCGGCUGGGUCCAAGAGUGCGAGAACCCGAUCGACCUGUGGUGCUUCAACGACAUGCCGCCGGCUCCGGCCAUCUUUUGA